AUGAAAGAGGAGUCAACUGGAUUGAUCAUUGGAAUUUCGAUUGGAGUGGUGAUUGGAGUUCUUUUGGCGAUUCUUGCUCUAUUCUGCUUUAGAUACCAUAGGAAGCGGUUGCAGAUUGGUAAUAGCAGUUCAAGGAGGGCAGCUAAUGUUCCUAUUCGAACAAACGGAGCUGAUGCUUGUAGUAUUCUAUCAGACUCAACAGUGGCUCCAGAAUCACCCGUGAAGUCCAGCCAGAAUGGUAUAUCCUCAUGGCUUGACGGAUUUAAGAAAAGCUGCGUGAUCUCAUCUGGGAUGCCUGAAUAUUCUUUCAAAGAUCUCCAAAAAGCAACCGGAAAUUUUACAAGUGUAAUAGGACAAGGAGCAUUUGGUCCUGUUUAUAAAGCUACCUUGCCGUCUGGAGAGACUGUUGCUGUGAAAGUGCUUGCAACCAAUUCUAAACAAGGAGAGAAAGAAUUUCAGACAGAGGUGAUGUUAUUGGGAAGAUUGCAUCAUAGAAACCUCGUGAAUUUGAUCGGAUACUGUGCUGAAAGAGGCGAGCAUAUGCUUGUGUAUGUCUACAUGAGUAAAGGCAGCCUAGCUUCUCACUUAUAUAGUGAUAAGAAUGGACUACUAAGUUGGAAUGUAAGAGUUCGGAUAGCUUUAGAUGUAGCAAGGGGUUUGGAGUAUCUUCAUGAUGGGGCAGUUCCUCCAGUUAUUCACCGGGAUAUCAAAUCAGCCAACAUUUUGUUGGAUCAGUCCAUGAGAGCAAGGGUUGCUGAUUUUGGGCUUUCAAGAGAAGAGGUGGUUGACAGUCAUGCAGCUAACAUUAGAGGAACUUUAGGUUACCUUGAUCCUGAGUACAUAUCUUCCAAGACAUUCAACAAGAAAAGCGAUGUUUACAGCUUCGGAGUAUUACUUUUCGAGAUUAUUGCUGGCAGAAAUCCUCAACAGGGCCUCAUGGAAUAUGUUGAGCUUGCUGCCAUGAAUUCUGAUGGGAAAGUUGGGUGGGAAGAGCUUGUUGAUUCCCGUCUGGAUGGAAACUUCGACGCUCAAGAGCUGAAUGAAGUAGCAGCUCUGGCAUACAAAUCCAUUAACCGUGUUCCGAAAAAACGACCUUCGAUGAGAGACAACGUACAAGUUCUGUCCCGAAUUCUAAAACAAAGACAGAACAAUAGAUUUAACCAAAAUAUGGUGUCAACGACAAGAGAUGAAAUUGGCAUUGAUGUGGAUCAAGUAGAAAGCAGGAGUCCCAGGAGUCCAAUGCCUGAACACCAACGACAACAGUCCACGGAUAGUACAGCCGAAUCAUUUGAUGUUUAGAAAAUGGUUGUUUUGCCCUCUCCUAGUGCUCGUAGUUGAGUUCAUUGAUUCUUCUUGUUUUGACUCGUCUCUUUUCUCAACAUACCAAGAAAGAAAAAUAGGCAGGAGAAGAUCACAAGAAUCUCCCCAGAAAAUUUGAUGUAACAUAGUUGACCCUUUUAAAUUUUGUUUUGAUUUGUUUUAACUGAAAAGGUUUUGUAUAUGGAAUUACAAGUGGAGGAAAAAGGAAAGCUUUUUUUUAGUA